GGGACAGAGAACUCAGAGAUCUUCUUUUUUUAAACCCCGCUCUCCACCCCCACCACCCUUUCCUGAACCCCUCUGAGUCCUACACAGUCAUCAAGACCAUUCUCCCUUAGCUCCCACCGAUGGGGUCCCUUCAUUUCAGAAAGCUCUCUGGGGAAGAAAACGCCUCCCCUCCUUCUCUGCCUGUCGGUGACCCCCUCACUCCUUCCUCCAGUUUCGGUGUCUUCUACCACAGCUGUAAUUCAGUCUGACUGACAGCGGGGACAACUGUCCACGCAAGCUCUCCGCUCCGAGUGGGAAGCCGCCAAGAAGGCCUCGUUCGGAGCCCUGGGUGGGUCGCCCUGGGGAGCAAAUCCGGGAUAAUUAUUGAUCAGCAGGUUGUGAACCAUGGCUAUGUGGAUCCAAGCACAGCAGCUCCAGGGAGAUGCCCUCCACCAGAUGCAAGCAUUAUAUGGCCAGCACUUCCCCAUCGAGGUGCGGCAUUACUUAUCCCAGUGGAUUGAGAGUCAAGCUUGGGACUCAAUAGAUCUUGAUAAUCCACAGGAGAACAUUAAAGCUACUCAGCUCCUGGAGGGUCUGAUCCAGGAGCUACAGAAGAAGGCUGAACACCAAGUUGGGGAAGAUGGGUUUUUACUGAAGAUCAAGCUAGGGCAUUAUGCAACUCAGCUGCAGAGCACGUAUGACCGCUGCCCCAUGGAGCUGGUCCGAUGCAUCCGGCACAUAUUAUACAAUGAACAGAGGCUGGUCCGAGAAGCUACCAACUGUAGUUCUCCAGCUGGGAACCUGGCUGAUGCUAUGUCCCAGAAACACCUGCAGAUCAACCAGACAUUUGAGGAGCUGCGACUGGUCACUCAGGACACAGAGAAUGAGCUGAAGAAGCUGCAGCAGACUCAGGAGUAUUUCAUCAUCCAAUACCAGGAGAGCCUCAGAAACCAGGCUCAGUUCUCCCAGCUGUCACAGUUGAGUCCCCAGGAACGCUUGACAAGGGAAACAGCACUUCAGCAGAAGCAGGUGUCCCUGGAGGCCUGGCUGCAGCGUGAGGCCCAGACUCUCCAGCAGUACCGUGUGGAGCUGGCAGAGAAACACCAGAAGACCCUCCAGCUGCUCCGGAAGCAGCAAACUAUCAUUCUGGAUGAUGAGCUGAUCCAGUGGAAGAGAAGGCAGCAACUGGCUGGGAAUGGAGGGCCUCCAGAGGGCAGCCUGGACGUUCUACAGUCUUGGUGUGAGAAGUUGGCUGAGAUCAUCUGGCAGAACCGGCAGCAGAUCAGGAGGGCUGAGCAUCUUUGUCAGCAGUUGCCUAUCCCUGGACCCGUGGAGGAGAUGCUGACUGAGCUCAAUGCCACCAUCACAGAUAUCAUCUCUGCUUUGGUGACCAGCACCUUCAUCAUUGAGAAGCAGCCCCCUCAGGUCCUGAAGACACAGACCAAGUUUGCAGCUACAGUGCGUCUCCUGGUGGGUGGGAAAUUGAAUGUGCACAUGAACCCUCCUCAAGUGAAGGCCACCAUCAUCAGUGAGCAGCAGGCCAAGUCUUUGCUGAAGAACGAGAACACUCGAAAUGAUUACAGCGGUGAGAUAUUGAACAAUUGCUGCGUGAUGGAGUAUCACCAGGCAACUGGCACCCUCAGUGCGCACUUCAGGAAUAUGUCCCUAAAACGCAUCAAGAGGUCUGACCGUCGUGGUGCAGAAUCAGUAACAGAAGAGAAAUUUACAAUCCUGUUUGAGUCGCAGUUCAGUGUUGGUGGGAAUGAGCUGGUUUUUCAGGUCAAGACCCUCUCCCUCCCUGUGGUGGUGAUCGUUCAUGGUAGCCAAGAUAACAAUGCUACAGCCACUGUUCUCUGGGACAAUGCUUUUGCAGAACCUGGCCGGGUACCAUUUGCUGUACCUGAUAAAGUACUGUGGCCCCAGCUGUGCGAGGCUCUCAACAUGAAGUUCAAGGCAGAAGUCCAGAGCAACCGAGGCCUGACAAAGGAGAACUUGGUGUUCCUGGCUCAGAAGCUAUUCAACAGCAGCAGCAACAACAUGGAGGAUUACAACAGCAUGGCCAUCUCUUGGUCCCAGUUCAACAGGGAGAACUUACCUGGACGGAAUUACACUUUCUGGCAGUGGUUUGAUGGGGUGAUGGAAGUGUUAAAAAAACAUCUCAAGCCUCAUUGGAAUGAUGGGGCCAUCUUGGGUUUUGUGAACAAGCAGCAGGCCCAUGACUUACUCAUUAACAAACCAGAUGGGACCUUUCUGCUUCGAUUCAGUGAUUCUGAAAUUGGGGGCAUCACUAUUGCCUGGAAGUUUGACUCUCAGGAGAGGAUGUUUUGGAAUCUGAUGCCUUUUACCACCAGAGACUUCUCUAUCCGGUCCCUGGCUGACCGCUUGGGAGAUCUGAAUUACCUUAUCUACGUGUUUCCUGAUCGGCCAAAAGAUGAAGUGUACUCCAAGUAUUACACACCAGUUAUGUGCGAGUCUGCCACUGCUAAAGCUGUGGAUGGAUAUGUGAAACCACAAAUCAAGCAGGUGGUGCCAGAGUUUGUCAGUGCAUCUGCGGAUUCUUCAGGGGGCGGCGCCACAUACAUGGAUCAGGCCCCAUCCCCAGCUGUCUGCUCCCAGUCUCAUUAUAACAUGUAUCCCCAGAACCCUGAUUCUGUCCUUGACCCAGAUGGGGAUUUUGACCUGGACGACACUAUGGAUGUAGCAAGACAUGUUGAAGAACUCUUACGCCGACCAAUAGAUAGUCAGUGGAUUCCCCAUGCCCAGUCGUGACCCCUGAUCCUGCCACCCCAUAGCUCUUCAUCCCCCGCCAGAGGAUCGCUCUUGUGGAUGUUUAAUUCCAUGAAUCGCUUCUCUUUGGAAAUAAUACUCAUAAUGUGAAGUGUUAAUACUAGUUGUGACUUUAGUAUUUCUGUGCAUGGUGAUGCCAGUGGGGUGGGUGUGAGUGUGUGUGAGUGUGUGUAUGUGUAUUCAAGUGAGUUAUCGUUUUUCCCCUUCCCUCCUUUCUGUUCAGGAUUUGGCUGCAUUAUCAGGACCUUAGGGACUGUGGCCAAUUUCUCUUUACUAAAAGCCAGUUCCUGGGAAAGGCUGAGCUUUGGCUUUGGGAGCGUGGGGAUGGGUAGGGGUGGAAGGGAGGUCGCACCUCUGAAUCAAUGACUUAUGUUGCUGUUUCAGCCAAAUAUUACAGUCAAAAAUUUAACAGUUGUUGCCUUUAACUAUCCUCUGAAAUUUCGAUCACUGCCUUUUAACAGAAAAAGCCAGGUUUUCUUUCUUUUUAUUUUUCUGGGUAGGGUUGGGAAAUUACGACAGUUUGAAAAGAUAGACAGAGUGGGGUAAAGAGUUAUGGGUUUUCUGUUUGGGGGUUGGUCUUUUUAAAAUGCCACUUAGCACAUGCAAACUCAUCUUUUUGUGUGGAUUUGCUCCUUUGUGGGAGUGAGAACGCAUGCAUGCAUGAAUGUUUGGGGAUGUGUAUGUUUGAAAUGGGUAUAAGAAAGACUAGCCAUAUAUGUACAUGGUUAUAGAACUGAUAUCCUGUGCAUUUGGGCUACAGUGGAAUACUAGGUAUUAAUUUCCCAGGGUUAAAAACAAUAAUUUGUUACCUGGGGUAACCUGAAAUUUAGAUCUGAUCAUUCAAAGACUUUUCCUUCCCUGCUUGUUCUCUGGACUGUUGGAUACUAAAUGUGAGGAUUUGUUGUUUUUUUUAAAGGAUCACUUCAAGGGUUGUGGAUUUUAUACAUGUUAGGUGCCCUUUUGUUUUUUCUAAAAUGUAUCCUCCUCAUUUCCCUCCUGCUUCUUCCCCACUCACAGAUGUCAUCAGAAUUGUCUUUUAUCUCCAAGUCCUAUGCCAGUCCUAUGCCCAUUGUCAUUUGCGUUUUCUUCCAGUGUUUACACCAGUGUCUUGAAGAUUUGAAGGCAUGAAUGUCGUCUGAACCAAAGGCUAAUUUGUUGAAUUUGAAGUCCAUGGUCCACCUAAUGUGUGGUUGUGGGCAGUGAUAGAGGUUUGGGGGGGGUUGGUUUAUUUGUAAUGUUUUUGGUUUUAUUUUGGUAAACAGGAAAAAAGGGAAAAAAAUGAAAUUAAGCCUAGCAUAGUUUUGACUCAUGGCAAUUUCUUCAGUAGCUUCUUACUACUGGAGAGAUGUGGGCUAUGGCUGGGAUGUGUAGCUGGACAUAGGUUGGGGAGUGAGCAGACACAGCCUAUGGGUAAGGCCUAUGAGGUUCUUCCCCCAACCCCCUCUCUCCAAGAGAAGGGCACAUGGCCAUACCCAGGAGAGUUAUGUCACUAAAAACCUUAUUUUUAUACUUGCUAGUAAAUAAACAGAUAUUUUUUUAACAAAAAAGUUAUGAAUUUAUCAAGUAUCUUGAUGUCGAUGGAGAAAUAUUCCUCUUUAGUAAAGUAUUUAUUGGAAGGUAACUUUUUAAAAGCCGCUGUGUGUUAGCCUUGGCUCGUUUUAUAUGUUUAUUAUUUUUAACUUGUGCAUCUACAUCCUGGCAUUGCCAGGCAGUAGGAGCAUCUCUUUGCCCCUCCUGGGAGAAGACCGUACUCUCCGGGAACACCAGCAUUGGCUGUGGGAUACUAGUCACUCCAGGAUGUGGGCUUAAUUAGGACUCCAGUCCUGAAGAUGGAGGGGGAGGAAAAUGGGGAAAGUCCUUGUUUCCUAGGUACUCAGGACUUUCAUAAAGAAUCUGAGAAAUGACUCUAGCUUUCUCACUUCCUGAUUACCCCUCCUGAACAGGCUUGGGAAUCUCAGGCCCUGGGGUGAGACUUGGUUCCUCCUGGAGUGACAUGGCAUGAAAAUUCAAUUCAUGUUCUGGCAGCCUGUUCCCACCAGGGGGCAGCACGAAAAUAGGAUCAUAUCUGAGGUGGCCAGGGGGAAAGCGCUGAACAAGGGAAAAUCAUAGAAAUGUGUCUCUUUCCUGGCCUCCGCCUAGUUCCAUGCUGAAGAUGGUUCUAGGAAGCAGUGAUGCUCUUAACUCUCACUCACUCCCACAAUUGCUAUUCUCCAGGGACGCCAGGCUUCCCAGAUAGCAUGAGACCUGGCACUUGCUUAGCUGCCCACACUCUUCCGGAAGCUGCUCCUGUGAGACAUUUUGGACUGAAAUAUAUAUUGUUUUCUUUCUCCCUCUCCCCCCUUGCAAAAUACAGAGCCAAACUUUUGUCCAUGUUGAUUACUGAGGAGAGUCAAGUUUUGACCAUUUCCCCUGCCCUCCUUGCUCCCCUCACAAAACAACAGAAAUGUUUCACUGGUGUGUGGUAUACACGGGGUUUUGUGAGGGUGGGAAUACCCAAAAAGUGAGUAUAAUUUAAAUAAGAGAAUACUUUUGAUAAUUUUUCUUUUUAAAACUUUGUGAAAUUAUUUCAGAUACAUAUUUUAGUGUUGAAGCAGAUUCAUAUCUAUAUAUAUAUAUAUAUAUAUAAGCAGCCACCAAUAAAGUAUUGUGUACAAUUUUGGGCAGUCACAAAAUUGUGUAUUUUAUGUUACAAUAAAGGCCUCCUGAAGAGACAA